AUGGGGAAGAUAAUGUGGUAUUUGCCGCGAAAAUAUAUUUCUCCGCUCGCAUUCAAGAUCCUGAUCGCUGUUGAGCUGCCGUUCACCGUGGCAGUCCUGGCUCUGUUCGGAAUCGCGUCUCCAAAUCUAUAUCGGACAAAACUCUGGCAAGAUGGCGCUGAUAACGGCUUCAAUAGUUCCCCCGAUGAAUUGGUUUACAGAUAUGCGAACUAUGAGCCGUAUACAGUUCCUCGGCCCUGGACCCAGUUUAUUACCAGUUUCAAUCUUGUGAUAUCGGUAUUAAGCAUGUUUUUCCUGCUAGUCAAAACACCAAUGUUUGUUCUACACAUCUUCUAUCCACCACUAUCCGUUCUCGUCCAUACUAUUUUGAUAGUGCUCUACUGUGUAUCCGCAGCAUGGCAGGGUGGGAAAGACACGAGCGACCCAGAGCAUCUCCAGUCCGGUCCUCCGUGGUAUAUCACCAAGAACUGCAACGUCGCAUCACAUCGGAAUAACAUCGGAUAUUGCAAACAGGCAAAGUCUGGAUUUGCUUGCACUAUUAUCUUGAUCGUUAUUUUCCUUGCUCAAUUCGUCCUUGCGGUAAUAUCGUGCCUUCCAACGGAAGAAACCCGAGCAAGACAGCGCGAAAAACGGGAGAAGCUAGAAACCCUCGAGGAACUCAAGUCCCUCAAGUCGCCGUGCUAUCCAAACUUUUACCAAGGCGAAAAUGGCCUACAGCCAAUCACUCCACGCACAAUGGCUUUCAAUCAGCUGGGAGGUGCAAAUGACCUUCCGUUGCGCGGUGAUACCACGAGUUCAUCAGUGACAACGUUGGAAGCUGCUAAGCCGGCACAGCCGAUGAUGUACUUUCCACCGCCGCCGAAGAAGGCUGCGGGCAAGGGGAAGGUUUCUUACGCUUAG